GCCAUUCACAAGAUUCACAAUGAUUAUGAAAUACAGGAAAUAGGCGGGAUCGUUAUUAGCGUCAUCAAAACAUCAUUGGUGGACCGUUGAGGAAAGACUCAGAGACUCGACGUCUGAUUGGCUGCUUUGCCGGUGAUAUAUAUAGCUCUGAGAACAGUCCGUCCUCCCUUUCCCUCCUCAUACCGGCAAGGACAAGUCAGCCUCGCCACUGUCCAUUCCAACCCAACAUCUAAAUUCAUCUUUGGUUCAACAAUUCGGAAAUAUGUCUAAGGGACCAGCAGUUGGCAUUGAUCUUGGGACCACCUACUCCUGUGUUGGUGUGUUCCAGCAUGGCAAAGUUGAAAUCAUUGCCAAUGACCAAGGCAACAGGACCACACCCAGCUACGUGGCCUUCACAGAUUCUGAGAGGCUGAUCGGAGAUGCAGCCAAGAAUCAGGUUGCCAUGAACCCCACCAACACAGUUUUUGAUGCCAAACGACUUAUUGGGCGUAGGUUUGACGACACAGUUGUACAGUCGGAUAUGAAGCACUGGCCAUUUAAUGUAAUCAAUGACAACACCCGUCCCAAGGUUCAGGUCGAGUACAAGGGCGAGACCAAGUCCUUCUACCCAGAGGAGAUCUCAUCUAUGGUGCUGACAAAGAUGAAGGAGAUUGCUGAAGCCUACCUCGGAAAAACUGUCAACAAUGCUGUAGUUACGGUACCCGCCUACUUCAAUGACUCCCAGCGCCAGGCCACCAAAGAUGCUGGCACAAUCUCUGGCCUCAACGUUCUGCGUAUCAUCAAUGAACCAACCGCUGCUGCCAUCGCCUAUGGGUUGGACAAGAAGGUUGGGUCUGAAAGGAACGUCCUCAUCUUUGAUCUUGGUGGUGGCACCUUUGAUGUGUCCAUCUUGACCAUCGAGGAUGGCAUCUUUGAGGUCAAGUCCACUGCUGGAGACACUCAUCUUGGUGGGGAAGAUUUUGACAACCGCAUGGUCAACCACUUCAUCGCAGAGUUCAAGCGCAAGUACAAGAAGGACAUCAGUGACAACAAGAGAGCCGUCCGUCGUCUGCGCACCGCUUGUGAGAGGGCAAAGCGCACCCUGUCUUCCAGCACCCAGGCCAGCAUUGAGAUCGACUCUCUGUACGAGGGAGUUGACUUCUACACCUCAAUCACCAGGGCUCGUUUUGAGGAGCUCAACGCGGACCUCUUCCGUGGCACCUUGGACCCCGUGGAGAAGUCACUCCGUGACGCCAAGAUGGAUAAAGGGCAGAUUCAUGACAUCGUGUUGGUCGGUGGCUCAACCCGUAUCCCCAAGAUCCAGAAGCUGCUUCAGGAUUUCUUCAAUGGAAAGGAGCUCAACAAGAGCAUCAAUCCAGAUGAAGCUGUGGCUUACGGAGCUGCUGUCCAGGCUGCCAUUCUGUCUGGUGACAAGUCUGAGAAUGUCCAGGACUUGCUGCUGCUGGAUGUCACCCCUCUGUCCCUGGGUAUCGAGACUGCUGGAGGUGUCAUGACUGUCCUGAUCAAACGAAACACCACCAUUCCUACCAAGCAGACUCAGACCUUCACCACCUACUCUGACAACCAGCCUGGUGUGCUCAUCCAGGUCUAUGAGGGUGAGCGUGCCAUGACCAGGGACAACAACCUCCUGGGCAAGUUUGAGCUGACAGGCAUCCCUCCUGCUCCCCGUGGUGUUCCCCAGAUCGAGGUGACAUUUGAUAUUGAUGCCAAUGGCAUCAUGAACGUCUCUGCUGUGGACAAGAGCACUGGCAAGGAGAACAAGAUCACAAUCACCAAUGACAAGGGUCGACUCAGCAAGGAGGACAUUGAGCGCAUGGUCCAGGAGGCUGAGAAGUACAAGGCUGAAGAUGACGUCCAGCGUGACAAGGUGUCUGCUAAGAACGGCCUGGAGUCGUAUGCUUUCAACAUGAAGUCGACUGUGGAGGAUGAAAAGCUUGCUGGCAAGAUCAGUGAUGAUGACAAGACGAAGAUUUUGGAGAAGUGCAACGAGGUCAUUAGCUGGCUGGACAAGAACCAGACUGCCGAGAGGGAGGAGUAUGAACAUCAACAGAAGGAGCUGGAGAAGGUGUGCAACCCCAUCAUCACCAAACUGUACCAGACAGCUGGAGGCAUGCCUGGUGGUAUGCCAGAAGGCAUGCCUGGUGGCUUCCCUGGAGCUGGUGGCGCUGCACCUGGCGGUGGAUCCUCCGGACCAACCAUUGAGGAGGUCGACUAAAACAUUCAUCACUUCAGCUGCUACGCUGACAUUUUUUCCAAGAAAGUAACCCUCUUAUAGCACAAGUUACAACAAGCUAAAGAGUGUAAAAAAAAAAUAAAACUGGGUUCAGGGAUUACUCUUAUUGCAUGGUUUGGGACUGGGAAAUACUUGUUGUAUGCACAAUUGAGCUGUAAGUUCUCAUGUGGAGACAUGUCUCAAUUGUUUUGAAUACUGGGAUGUCACUGCUUUGACAAUAAAAAAAUCUUAACCCUC